GAUUCUCUAACCGGCCCGAAUUGGUUUUUUUUUGGUGAGGUGUGUGCUCUUGUGUUCCGUCUGCAUGGCACUUCAGUAGAGGAUACAGUACUCGUACUCUUGUACUCGUACUGUACUCAUAGCACCAUACCACACCUAUCCAGCCUUUAAGCACCAGGUAGCGAUCGCGGAUGAGCGAAACCACUGGAGAACCCGGUCACAAACUAACAUAGGGGCAGAAAGCCUUCUCCACUCUCGCUCGGGCAGGCCGCGAUGCCAGCUAGCUUGCUGGUGGAUGGACAAGAGGUAUCCCGUCUUUGGUACGGAGUUCCCACAAAGUACGCAGGGGCAACACAAACAAGCUAUUUUUAAUCUUUGCUUUGGGUUAGGGUAACCGGUAGAUUCCACGGCAUUCAGCAUUGUACGAUACGGUACGAGUGCAAAUACGAUGCCCGAGGCGUGAUCCAGCUGGGGCACCACACAACACAAUUCUGAAGGACAUCAUACCGAGCAUGGCGUGUAUGCUCGUAUCUCAAUCCACCCAGCAACAGCUCUGGAAAGCCUCCAACUCUCCUAAGAAGAAAAAAAAACUCAAAUAUUUGCUGCACGAAUACUUACUUGUGGGGGGGGACCUACCGGUAUCAUACAUUCCCCUUCGCUCGGUCGUACUCCUCCACGAGUGCGGAGCCUCACUCGUGUAUCUGUAACUUUUGCAGCCUUCGAUAUUCCCCCGCUAAAUUAAUCUGGGCGUGUUAUUCGACGGAAGAGCAUAUAAUGAUUUACACCCGUCCACACCUACUAGUACGGUACGCAGUGCUCGAAGGAGAUGCGGUGUAGUUAGGCAGCGGGCGGGAAAGUCAUUUAAUUUAAUUUAGGUUGUCUUGAGAAGCACAGUGCGAUAAAGUUGGCAGGAGAGGAUGAGUGGUGGGGUUUUGUUCGCUGGAUUGAUUAAAUGGUGUUCCCGUUGGGCGGCUAUGCAGAUCCCUCGCGCGACGGACUCUCCUGGUUGGUCGUGUCAUCUAAUGUUAGGGCUUGCUUGCCUGCCCGAAAACCGGGGUAACAUAACUGGUGCUUUUUAGGAAAAGCAACUUUUAGACUCUGACCCGGGAGGAUACAGCGGUUGCACUGGCAGUGAGAAGGGACAGGGUACAGCUUUAAAGCGAUGGCAAGGGUUUCUAUGGGAGAGUGAUAGGCGCCGUUUUUAUCACUUCUAGUAAUCGUACCCAGGAUUAUUAGGCCUGUUGAAGUCUCGCAAGUUGAAACUGUAUUGGGAAGGUUGGGAGAGCGGAGUACCCUAUGCUUCCUUUGAAAGGCAAAAGGAAAAGAAAAGAAAGGGCAAUAUGUCAUAGCGUACCGGUGCUGUGCGAGUGGAGCGGAGUUGGGCGGAGCACAAGUAGAGUUAGGGAAGUGGUGGGUGUGUCUUGGGGAGUUUUGCGAUCUUUAGCGGAACUCACAAUGUCGCAUGACAUGAUGCGAGAAACCUUAGAAUUGGAAGUGACGAAUGAAAGGGAAUCACCCAUCGAUUGGGUAUCCUCAGUAUUCUGUGGCCGGGAUAUCAGUGUAAUUUGUGUUGGCGCCCCCUCGAGAAGGAAAGGAAAAAAAGGAAAAAGGAAAAAACACACAGCCCGAAGAGGUACGUAUACUCGAGUAGGGUACUGUAGCAUGGUAGAACCUUAUACGAGGUAA